GCUCAGUGCGGGAGGAGGCGGUGGAGCAAGUGAAAGGGGCGCAAGAUGAGCGAGGCAGAUGGGCUGCGGCAGCGCCGGCCCCUGCGGCCGCAGGUCGUCACGGACGAUGGCCAGGCCCCGGAGGUCAAGGAGGGCAGGCCCUGUGGUCUGGUGUGCAAAUACAGAGAGAGUUGGAGAAUACCCUUCAAAUUUGGCUGGUGAAAUGGCGGAGGAUUUUCUCCUUUAGUGGCAGAGUUUUCCGAAUGACAUUCUUGAUGUUGGCUGUGUCCCUUGUCAUUCCACUGCUUGGAGCCAUGAUGCUGUUGGAGUCCCCCAUAGAUCCUCAAAUUCUCAGCUUCAAAGAACCCCCUUUCAUGUUUGGCGUUCUGCAACCAAAUACAAAGUUGCGACAAGCGGAAAGGCUAUUUGAAAAUCAACUUAGUGGGCCAGAGUCCAUGGUAAAUAUCGGGGAUGUGAUAUUUACUGGUACAGCGGAUGGCAGAGUUGUAAAACUUGAAAAUGGGGAAAUAGAGACCAUCGCCCGGUUUGGUUCAGGCCCUUGCAAAACCCGAGAUGAUGAACCUACCUGUGGGAGACCCCUGGGCAUCCGGGCAGGGCCCAAUGGAACUCUCUUUGUGGUUGAUGCGUACAAGGGAUUAUUUGAAGUAAAUCCUCAGAAACGUGCAGUGAAACUGCUGCUGUCCUCUGAGACUCCCAUUGAGGGCAAGAAAAUGUCCUUCGUGAAUGACCUCACUGUCACUCGGGAUGGGAGGAAGAUUUAUUUCACUGAUUCCAGCAGCAAGUGGCAGAGACGGGACUACCUGCUCCUGGUGAUGGAGGGCACUGAUGAUGGGCGCCUGUUGGAGUAUGAUACUGUGACAAAAGAAGUGAGGGUUUUGUUGGACCAGAUGCGGUUCCCUAAUGGAGUUCAGCUGUCUCCCGAGGAAGACUUCGUUCUGGUGGCAGAGACAACCAUGGCCAGGAUACGAAGAGUCUAUGUGUCUGGCCUGAUGAAAGGUGGGGCAGAUAUGUUUGUGGAGAACAUGCCUGGAUUUCCUGACAAUAUCCGGCCCAGCAGCUCUGGCGGAUACUGGGUUGCUGCUGCGACAAUUCGUGCUAACCCUGGGUUUUCCAUGUUGGAUUUCUUAUCUGAGAAGCCUUUUAUUAAGAGAAUGAUUUUUAAGCUGUUUAGUCAGGAGACGGUGAUGAAGUUUGUGCCACGGUAUAGCCUGGUCCUAGAAGUCAGUGACAGCGGUGCCUUCCGGAGAAGCCUGCAUGAUCCUGAUGGAGUGGUGGUCACCUAUGUGAGUGAAGCACAUGAACACGAUGGACAUCUGUACUUGGGUUCCUUCAGAUCUCCCUUCAUCUGCAGACUCAGCCUCCAGUCUAUUUAGGCAGCCCAGCAGCUGUGCAUGCCAGGGAUCAUCGCACUCAGCCACCACAGGUCCAGAGGGAGCCACGGACAUAGCUAUAUCCCUGUGUUCCCGUGUUCCUGCUAGUCCUUGGAAGUGUGCGAGUAGCUGCUGCAACCUGGAGAAAGUGUGGAUCUCUCAGCUGGACUUGAUGUCACUUUUGGAGGGAAGCAGUGUGUCUGCUGUGGGGAAGACAGUUCACAAAGAACCAUUUCUCUUAAAAAAAAAAUACGCUAAGUACACAAAUUCUUUAGGACUUGGAAAAUUUCAUACACUUGUCACAGGGCUCAGGGUUUGGUGAUUAGAGUAAGGGAUUAGCUAUGCAGGGACCUUUCUGUCACGAGUGGCUCUGUCUGCCACGUUCAGUGUCUUCAUUCUAAAGUGGGGUCAUACCUUUGGGCAUGGCAUGGAAGUGCCAGGGCAGGUGUGUUGAGGUUGCUGGCUGGGAUCAUGGAAGCUGAAACUUUGUUCUCAGGGGCCAUGUGAGGUGUGUGAGAAUACGUGGACUCUUGCUCCACAGUAAAGGGGUGUCUUACCAACCUCUCCAUGCAGUGGCCCAGCCUCUUUUCAUGCUAGAGGGUUUUCAGGAUUCCUAUUUCAGUGGCUAAGAGGAUUUCAUUGGGCUUUUUUCUGUGACUACCUCCUACACUAGAAUUGUGUGACCCAGCCAGUUUAUACCUGCACAGGGUACUUCAGAAAUGUCCUUUUUAUGGUUUGACUCCUUACCUUAGACCUACAAAUGUGAGUAGUGACCUGUUGAUGUAAUGUUUGUGCAAUGUAAUAAGCUCAGAGUUGCUUAUUUCUUGGCAAGUAUGUUUAUACACUGGUCUUAAUUUUGAUAAUAAAUAAUAUAAAAUAAA